CGUGGUGCAGUACAGACGGCGGUAAUGAAUGCUCGCCGUGCCAACCGACGUCAGGCGCAAAACGAAGAGAGGGUCGGAGACAGCAGUCAUCUCGCUCAGGAGACUUUGGAGAUCCCAGGAAUGUGGUAAAACAGGUCUCCGAUGGUGAAUAUGGACAAUCCGAUUAUGACCAUGAUGCAGCCCCCGCCGAUGAUGCAGCCCAGACAAUCUGGUGGUGUCAUGAAUCCCACCAAGCAUCAGAACCGACAAGCCAUACAGAGCAUUCAUAAGCGUCCGAACAUAAAACAGCAUAUGAUGCCUGCAGGUGCCGCGUCGCCCGCUGUAGACGGCCAAGGCGGCCAGCCAAACAUUCGGAUGAUGUACGGCAAGCCAAUGGACACGAUGCCUCCUCCGCCUGCUUCGCCCGCGGCGGACGCAAAGACCCUGCCCGGUGGUCCGAAGCAGGAAGACAGCGCACCGCAGAACGAUCGCGUCGACUCGUCGUUGCAGAACGCCGCUGUGGGCGCACAUUCGCCUAGUACGCCGAGCGUAUCAGGGACUGGGCAGAUCAGUGCGUCAUCGCCCUCGCAGAUUUUGAACUCGUCGACGCCGCAGAUGUAGAAC